AGCGGCUGUAACAAAGACCCAAAUAGCGAUUUUGACUAUUCUUCUUAGAUUUAAGUCGUGAAAUACGCCUUUGAAACUUCAUUUUUUUAUAUGGCUUAAAUAGCUUCGUCCCCUUGGGUAUUAAAAAAAUUAAAUGUCACAGUUGUCAUUAUUUUCUUUUGUGCACGAAGUCUGGACUAAAUUUUCCUUACAUUUUCUUGUUAUUUAUUUGUAAUUAUGUGAAAAAAUAAGUAACUAACAUUAGCUUUAGUUGUGUAUUAUUAUAUGGAUAUGUGAUAAUAGUUAAGCGUAGUCAUGUUUGGGUAUAGCAAAGAGGCUGUUAGAGUGAAAGUGAAGAAGUGUGAAGGCAAGCUACAGCCCGAACUGAGGAAGUUUUCGGUUGAUCCCCAGAUAACCUCUCUGGAGGUUUUACAAAGCAUUUUAGUAAAAGCAUUUGACAUCAAGUCUGACUUCACACUGUCAUACCGGACUGCUGAUGACUAUGGUCAGGAGAUCUUCUUGCCACUGCUUUCUGACUGGGAUUUGGAUGCUGCUUUUCUCAAGGCGCAUAAUAUAGCUCAAACUCAGCGCUCGGAGCCAUGCGUCCAGCUCCGCGUAGACAUGAAGCCGUUUGCAGAGGCGUCCGAGGACUGGGAGCCGCCCGGUCUCAGCCCGGCGCCACGCGAGCCGCCGCCCACCGUGGCGCCUGCGCCGCAUCAGCCAGAGAAGCAGGAAGUGCCCACUGGCUUACAGGGGCUGUUUAUGAAUCAGGUCGAGAAGACGUUCAACAUGGUGUCUCGCGCGCUGAACCUGUACGAGGACCCGAACACGCCGCCGCGCGCGCCGCUCUCUGACAGCGAGUUCCGCACCUUCCUCGACGCGGUCGGACAGAUCACCAACACUACCAAGCUGAGAGAAGCCAUUUAUUGCGGCGGGAUAGACCCUAGUUUAAGGAAAGUAGUUUGGAAACACAUACUGAACGUGUAUCCGGAUGGAAUGACGGGCAAGGAACGAAUGGACUACAUAAAGAGGAAAGCCAACGAAUACUACACUCUCAGAGCACGGUGGAAAGACUGCAUACAGAAAGGAAUAGUGAACGCCGACUUGGCGUACGUGACGAGUAUGGUUCGCAAAGACGUGUUGCGCACAGACAGGCACCACAACUUCUACGCCGGCAGCGACGAUAAUCAAAAUAUAGCUUCACUCUUCAAUAUUUUAACCACGUACGCACUGCAGCACCCGCGCGUGUCGUACUGCCAGGGCAUGUCGGACCUGGCCUCGCCGCUGCUGGUGACCAUGGGCGACGAGGCGCACGCCUACAUCUGCCUGUGCGCGCUCAUGGCUCGCCUGCACUGCAACUUCCUGCUCGACGGGGAGACCAUGACGCUCAAGUUCGCGCACCUCACCGAGGCGCUGCAGGUGUACGACCCCGACUUCUACGCGUACCUGAAGUCCCAGCAGGCCGACGACCUGCUGUUCUGCUACCGCUGGCUCUUGCUCGAGAUGAAACGCGAGUUCGCGUUCGAUGACGCGCUUCGAAUGCUCGAGGUGCUUUGGGCGUCGCUGCCGCAGCGCACGCCCGCAGGCGAGCUCCCGCUGGCCGAGCGCGCGGAGCCGGGCUCGCCGCCGCUCAGCCCGCUCGUGAAGGCGCCGCGCGACAACGCCUACACCAAGCUGUGCGCCAUCCGCCGCCAGAGCUCCAGCUUCAGCCUCGCCAGCGUCAAGGCGCCCACGCUGGCCACGCAGCGCCCGCACAACCACAGUCUCGACGAGAGCGCGACGUUGGAGGACUCCUCGCUCAAACGCGCCAAGGAGUUCCAGAGUCUCGACGACGCCGCUUUGCAAACUAUCAAAGCCAAACUCGACAAUGAGGUCGAUACGAGUGAAGAUUCUAAGGAAUCCAAGCUUCCCGAGCCAAAUAUGACGAGCUCGCCAGAUUCUCAGAAACGAGAUCCGAUCCGCGCCAGCAACGGGAGCGUCGUCAAUGGAAAAGCGCACCCGGAUGGAAAGGAUACGACGUUAGGGGGACAAAUAAGAUUGCUGCGAGACAAAAUAUCCGUGCACAAUAACAAGUUCGAUGGCCUCAACGACGUAGAUCCCGACAACAGGCCGAAAGUGAAGAUGAUCAAAAACCUAAACGAAUUCUUGAAUUUCGCGACGAGCAGCAAACCUGAUCCGAUCAGACGGGAAAAACUACAACGAGCACACUCGGUCAUAGAGACCAGUAAGGCGUACCCCAAAAUCACUUUAAACAAAAUGUCUAUGGACGAAAGUGACCUUAGUAAACCGAGCGUCAAGGAGUCCCUCCUAAACAAAAUCAAUAGGAGCAUUUACAACGACGCCAACGACGGCAGCAGCCCCGACGACUCGCAGGAGUACUACCCGAUGACCACCUCCAUGACGCGCGAGCUGAGGCUGGAACUCGAGCAUCUGGAUCGGCAGGUGUUCGGGCCCUCGUACGUCAACCGGUGCAGCAUGAUCGACUCGCCCUCCGACUCCACCAGCACCGAGGAGAAAGGGGACGAGCGGAGCAAGCGGGAGACGAAGGACACACUAGAGCUUCAAACGGAAGUCGGGGAAACGGCAAAGCGGUCACCCAUGGAUACGAUAAAGUCGAACGCCCGGAGCGCGGAAGAUAUUUACCUGUGGGAGAACCCGUUACACAAGCGAGCGGCGCGGGCGGCCUCGUGCCCGCACACGCCGGACGAGCACCCCGAGCUGGAGCUGGACGACACGGCCGACAUCUUCGAGGAGGGCGGCCGCAAGUCCGUCACGCCCAUCCGCCGCCACCGCCCGCCCGACCCGCCCCGCCCGCCCCGCCCGCCCCACGACGCGCAGACCCCCACGGCCACAGACGACGGCGUCUCGAAAUCACACAAAUUCUUCUCGAAUAUGUCGCAGGAGUUGGAAAAUGCGAAGAGAAACUGCGAGUCGCUGUUGAAUGCGAAGCCGACGAAUUUGCACAGUGUCGCGUCGACUAUAAACAACUUCCAAAAAAAGUAUGAAGCUUUAAAACCGCCCGUUCAGAAGACUUUUGCCGCGGGUGACGGCGUUAAAAGUAUAAGCGGGCUGCCGCCGCCGAGCGUGUUCGGCGGCGGGAACCCCUUCCUCAUGUUCCUGUGCCUGACGGUGCUGCUGCAGCACCGCCACUACGUCAUGCGGAACCGCAUGGACUACAACGAGCUGGCGAUGCACUUCGACAAGAUGGUGCGCAAGCACAACGUCAACCGCGUGCUCAACCAGGCGCGCCAUAUGUACGCCAUCUAUCUCAAACACCAGAACAAAGGUGACGUCACCACGUGAACCUGCCUCUCGCUCAUAGUGUAUUUUCGUAAUAUGUAUUUAUCGAAUUGUAACACUAGUAGAGACUAUGAUAUUCUAUUAUGUACAUUCAAUAAUGGAACCGUGGUGGCUAAGUUGAUAGGUACGGACGUGCAAUAAAAUUUGCAUCAGUACAGGUCACAAUAUGUAUACAGUUGUAAAUUUAGCUCUAUAGGUGGGUUCACACAGAGCGAGCAUACGCGCGAGGCAAUUUCCUCCGAGGCAUGUCUACACUGGCCGUUUUGUGCGUGAGGAAAUUGCCGCG